GGCGCGGAGCGGAGCCGGCGAGCCGGCGCCGGGCUGGGAGACCUCCCGAAGCUGGGAUUUCAUUAUUAAUAUCACUAUAUUUUUGGAGGGAGAGGCACCUUUCUCAUCCUUCUUGCUCUCCGCCCACCCCUGCUCCCUCCCUCUCAUCUACCUGUCAAAGUCACUGAUCUUUUGCAUUUCCGAAGAGGACGUCAACGGGAAGGAAUUCCCCCUCUUGGUUUGGCCUCCGAGAGGGGGCGACGCGCGGGAGGGUCCCCCCCAGGGGCCGCGGGCGAAGGGUGUCGGUGUCAGAAGAAAAGAAUGAUUGAUGGGAAACAGACACCAGGCUACAGACUCUCAUCCUUUUGCGUCGGAGGCUGAUAUGUCACUGCUUGUGAGCAUCCCCUGUAAGCUGUGAACAUUGAGGAUCACCCAGGGUUAUUGGAUGUACAAGGGGAGAGCCAUCACUUUGCUAAAUCAUUACCUGCUACUGGACACCUUUCACAAAAUCCAAACUAGACUCGAGUCUAAUAGACAUGUUCUAGGACAACGAAAAAGCUACAAGUUGUCACUGCCUCAUACCCAAGAAGCAUGUUUGGCUUCCACCAAAGUCCUUAAUGUACCUGAAGGCACACGCUGUCUACCCACUUUACUUUUAGUUUUGGAACCUGCUUUGAGGGCUUAUCUUCUCUCCUUCACUCUCUCUUAAUAUACAGACCUACCUUCAUAGAGACGUAUAUGUAUAUAUAAAAUAGACAUAGAUCUCAGAUAAGCAAACCCUGCUUCAGCUCCCACGAAGAUUGCCAAGAAUUUAGAGAUGUAUUUGUCAAGAUUCCUAUCAAUUCAUGCCCUUUGGGUUACAGUGUCCUCGGUGAUGCAGCCCUACCCUCUGGUGUGGGGACAUUAUGACGUGUGUAAGACUCAGAUUUACACAGAAGAAGGGAAAGUUUGGGAUUACAUGGCCUGUCAGCCGGAAUCCACAGACAUGACAAGGUAUCUGAAAGUGAAACUGGAUCCUCCAGACAUUACCUGUGGAGACCCUCCUGAGACUUUCUGUGCAAUGGGCAACCCCUACAUGUGCAAUAAUGAGUGUGAUGCCAGUACCCCUGAGUUGGCACAUCCCCCUGAGCUGAUGUUUGAUUUUGAAGGAAGACAUCCCUCUACAUUUUGGCAGUCUGCUACGUGGAAGGAAUAUCCCAAGCCUCUCCAAGUUAACAUCACUCUGUCUUGGAGUAAAACCAUUGAGCUCACAGACAACAUAGUUAUUACCUUUGAAUCGGGGCGUCCAGACCAAAUGAUCCUGGAGAAAUCUCUUGAUUAUGGACGAACAUGGCAGCCCUAUCAGUAUUAUGCCACAGAUUGCUUAGAUGCUUUUCACAUGGACCCUAAAUCCGUGAAGGAUUUAUCACAGCACACGGUUUUAGAAAUCAUUUGCACCGAAGAGUACUCCACAGGGUACAUGACAAAUAGCAAAAUAAUCCACUUUGAAAUCAAAGACAGGUUCGCGUUUUUUGCUGGACCUUGGCUACGCAAUAUGGCUUCCCUCUAUGGCCAGCUGGAUACAACCAAGAAACUCAGAGAUUUCUUUACAGUCACAGACCUGAGGAUAAGGCUUUUGAGACCAGCCGUCGGGGAAAUAUUUGUAGAUGAGCUACACUUGGCACGCUACUUUUACGCAAUUUCAGACAUAAAGGUGCAUGGAAGGUGCAAGUGUAACCUCCAUGCCACUGUGUGUGUGUAUGACAACAGCAAAUUGACCUGUGAAUGUGAACACAACACUACAGGUCCAGACUGUGGGAAAUGCAAGAAGAAUUAUCAGGGCCGACCUUGGAGUGCAGGCUCGUAUCUCCCCAUCCCCAAAGGCACUGCAAAUACCUGUAUCCCCAGUAUUUCCAGUAUCGGUAAUUGUGAAUGCUUCGGCCACUCCAAUCGAUGCAGUUAUAUCGAUCUGCUAAAUACAGUCAUUUGCGUGAGCUGUAAGCACAACACUAGAGGGCAGCACUGUGAGUUAUGCAGGCUGGGCUACUUCAGAAAUGCUUCUGCACAGCUGGACGAUGAGAAUGUAUGCAUAGAGUGUUAUUGUGACCCUUUGGGCUCAGUCCAUGGUCGUUGUAAUGGCUCAGGAUUUUGUGAGUGUAAGACUGGAACAACAGGGCCUAAGUGUAAUAAGUGUCUGCCGGGAAAUUCCUGGCACUACGGCUGUCAACCGAAUGUCUGUGACAACGAGCUUCUGCACUGUCAGAACGGAGGCACCUGCCAUAACAACCUGCGCUGCCUGUGCCCAGCCGCGUACACUGGCAUCCUGUGCGAGAAGCUUCGCUGUGAGGAGGCUGGCAGCUGCGGCAAGUCGGGCCAGGCCGCGCCCCCGAGGGGCCCCUGGGCGCUGCUGCUGCUGAGCGCCCUGCUGGGGACCUCCAGCCCCCUGGUGUUCUAGGCCCGCAUCCCGCCACCGGACCGGCCCGUGCCAUGGGGAAGCCAGCACCACCCAAGCAUUUGCUACUAACCUAGGAAACACACAUAGACACCCCCACUCAGACACAGUGUAUAAACUAAGAAGGCCUAACUGAACUAAGCCAUAUUUAUCAGCCGUCGACAGCACAUCCGAGUCAAGACUGUUAAUUUCUGACUCCAGAGGAGUUGGCAGCUGUUGAUAUUAUCACUGCAAAUCACAUGGCCAGCUGCAGAGCUUAUUGCUGAUGGGAAAGGCUGUGGCAGCCCCCCACCCACAGGAAAGACAAAAGCGAACAAACAAAUCAACCAACCUAAAAAAAAAAAUUGCUACUCCACGUGGUGCGUGCCCCAGCACCGUGGCCCAGUGUGUGGACCCACCAAAUAGAAGCAUCCUUUGCUGGCCGUGCGUUGUGGGUAUAAGGAAAUCUGUUACAAGCUGCCAUAUUGGCCUGCUUCAGUCCCUGAAUCCCUUCCAACCUGUGCUUUAGUGAACGUUGCUCUGUAACCCUUGUUGGUUGAAAGAUUUCUUUGUCUGAUGUUAGUAAUGCACAUGUGUAACAGCCCCCUCCAGAAGCUCCAGCCAGUCAUACCCCCGUAUAUCUUAGCAGCACAGAGUCAUCCCGGUGGAGCAAACAUCCACUGUCCAGAGUGGCUAUAGGAAAAAAAAAAAAAAAAGAAAAAAAAAAAGAAAGUGUAUCUAUCCUUUUGUAUUCAAAUGAAGUUAUUUUUCUUGAAAUACUGUAAGAUGUAGAUUUUUUGUAUUCUUGCCAAUUUGUGUUACCAGACAAUCUGUUGAUGUAUCUAAUUCAAAUCAGCAAAGACUGACAUUUUCUUUUGUCCUUUUUCGUUCUGUUUUGUUUUCAUUGUGCAGAGAUUUCUCUGUAAGGGCAACGAACGUGCUGGCAUCAAAGAAUAUCAGUUUACAUAUAUAACAAGUGUAAUAAGAUUCCACCAAAGGACAUUCUAAGUGUUUUCUUGUUGCUUUAACACUGGAAGAUUUAAAGAAUAAAAAUUCCUGCAUAAAC